AUGGAAGGUCUUAGUGUACUGAUUCACGAUGAGGAAAAAAGUGGUGGAAUUUGUGGGCUAUCUAUUGCUAAAGGGGAGCCACCAAUCACCCAUCUCUUUUUCACAAACGAUUGCCUAUUGUUUUGCAGGGCUAACUCCCUUAAAGACAACACUCUUAAGGCCACUCUUGAGGAAUUCUCCCUUGCCUCAGGACAGGAGAUCAAUUACAACAAGUCUAGUCUCCAAUUCAGCAGGAACGUGGAUAAUUUUACCAAAGAUGUAGUUAGUGAAAUCAUGGGUACCUGUGUUGGCAACCAAAAAAGCUCUUAUCUUGGCCUUCCUUACCUCAUAGGCAGGAGGAAAUAUGAAAUACUUAGAAUCAUCAAGGGCAAGAUCAUGGGAAGGAUAAAAAGUUAG